AUGACAAGUGCUACGGACCCGACCUUUACGGAGGAGGAGCUCGUGAGCCACGUUGCCUACAUCCAGAGCCGACAGGACGCCCUGUCCCAAAAAAGCUCAACUACCACCAAAGCAGGAGCCGGUCCUGGGAGUUCCCCCCGGAAACCGUUCGCCGGCGGGGGCGGGCGGGGGAUAGAGUAAUUGAAAUUUGCUUUCGGCCGCAGAGCCCCUCCGCACGUAUGUGCCAGCGGUACGUUGCACUGAUGCCAGCUUGGCGAGCUGCCUCUCGGGUACCACUCCUGGGGCUUCGAAAACGUGCUGUCUACCGCGUAGGCGACGCAUGCCGGGCUGGGCCAGGUUCAAUGCUCGAUUUCUCCACGGCAGAAAGGGUGGAGGCGCCCAAAACGGCGGUGGUUUUAAUGCCGUCUCGUCGAGAGCUUUCUGAAAACAAACGGACCGUUCCAUUCAUGCAUAUCCUUCGUCGUGGAGUAAUUAGUAUUUUGGUCGAGGGGGUGUGAUGUCUUGUGUCACCCACGGUAGGCAGCUGUACGCCAUCGACUGUACCAGAGGCAUCCACUCAAGUCGACCAAGAAUGCAAUGCAACAACCUGUUGAGUUAAUCUCCGGUAUUUCGACCGGGUCGGCCGAGAUCGCUGCCUGGGAGUCAGGUUACCGUAGGCUGGA